AUGGAGAGGCGAGCAGUCAAGAUGGAGAGAGAAAGAAAAGGCUCUGGGAAGGUCACCUUCGUUCACCUCGAUCUCGGCCUCGGGGGAGCGGAGCAGCUCGUGGUCUACGCGGCGCUCGCCAUGCAGCAGGAAGCGGCGAAGAGCGCGGAGAACUUCGGAAACUCCCAGGAAUCCGCCAGCGCCGAGCGCGACGCGCAGGAGGUCGAAGACGCUGGCUACGACGUGGAGAUCCUCACGACGCACCACGACACGACGCGAUGCUUCCCUGCGACUGUAGACGGGCGACUGCGCGUCUCGGUCUACGGCCGGUUCCUCCCGCGGAGCUUGGGAGCCCGCGCUGUCGCGCUCUGCUCGCUGCUUCGCAUGCUUUGGCUCUGCCUCGUCUUGCUCGUCACAGGCCGAUGGAGGCGGAGAGUCAUUUUCUGCGACCAAGUUUCUGCAAUCAAUCCUCUUCUCUCGUUUUUCACUGAGAAGCUGGUGUUCUACGCGCACUUUCCAGACAUGCUUCUCGCGGCGCGCCGAGACAAGCAGCCUCAGGGCGUCAUCGCGCGAAUAAAAGCCCUCUACCGAGCUCUGCUCGACGCCGUUGAACAGGCCACAACAGGGCGAUGCGAUGUGUUGCUCUUCAACUCGCGCUUCACUGAGGCCACCUACCGUCGGAGUUUUCCCUCUAUGAGAUUUCCGCGCAACGCCGUUCUGUACCCUCCCGUGGACACGCGGGCGGCGGAUGCGUUUCUGCAGAGCUUCUCGCGCGAGGCAUGCGUCAAGCGCCUUAAGCGGCUACCCGAAUUCAAACACUUUGACUUUUCUGUGCCGUUCGCGUUUUCUCUGAAUCGGUACGAAGCUAAAAAGGGCCUCCCGCUCGCCCUCCAGGCGCUGGCUGAGGCGCAGCAGAGAGGCGUUGCGAGCGGCACUCUGAACCUCGUAGUUGCCGGCGGCUUCGACGGGCGCCUGCGAGAGUGUGUGGAGAUUUACGGAGACCUCGUGCGGCUGGGGAGGGAGCAGCUGAACUUCGAGGUCUUAACCGACACUCAGGCGCCUUCGUCGUCGCGAGAAACUGCACAAAAAACGCAAUUGCUCCUCCUCAAGAACAUCAGCGACGAAACACGACAGUGCCUGAUGGCGGCCUGUCUCUGCGUCAUCUACACGCCUCACGAGGAGCACUUCGGCAUGGUGCCGUGCGAGGCGAUGGCACUCGGCUGUCCUGUCAUCGCGUCGGACUCUGGCGGCCCGCGAGAGAGCGUCCUCCACGGCGAAACGGGAUUUCUCUGCGAACACGACGCGCAGAGUUUUGGCGACGCGCUACUCAGAAUCGUGCGCAUGCAGCGCGAAACGGCCGAGGCCUACGAGGACAUGCGGAGAGCUGGAAGGCGUCAUGCGAAAGAGAAAUUCAGUUUCGAAGUGUUUCGAGCGCGUCUUCGCCAACUCAUCAACGAGGACUAA